CUGGUAUGUAUGCAUAAAAUAAUGUAGCCUACCUCAACAUGUAUUGUUCUUGCACUUUGUCCAAUAUCCCUUCUGUCCUGUUUAUUACAUGGUGGCUCUAUUAGGCCCUCAACAUAGUCACAAUUUCUUGUUGUGUCCUUCCCUGGGAUUGAGUUCCACACCCCUGCAUAUCUGCUGUAGGUGUCAUUUUGUAAUGUUUUUGGUUGUUGGUGUGCCGCGAGAUCUUUUUAAUGUAAAAAAUGUGCCGCAGCUCAGAAAAGGUUGAAAAACACUGCUCUAAUGGAUCCAUCUCCAGCGUGUCUCUGCUGUUGGUAGGACUACAACUACCCAUUAGCGUCUGCACAUGUCUGUCAACUAUCUUGAUAAUCAAUGAAUUGACGUGAGCAGGAAGCGGAUGAUGACGACUUAUUCUGCGAUGUGAUUGGCUCACACUUUGUGUCGUCGGCAGGUUCAGAUGGAUCCGUCCGGGUCGUUCUUCGCCACCAGCUGCUCCGAUAAAAACAUCAACAUCUUUGACUACGAGUCGGGAGAGUGUGUCGCCACCCUGUUCGGACACUCUGAGAUCGUCACCUGUAUGAGGUUCAGUCAGGACUGCAGACACCUGAUCACUGUGUCUGGAGACAGUUGUGUGUUUGUGUGGAGGCUGGACUCUCAGAUGACCAGCACCAUGAGGAAGAGGCGGGGCCUCAAACUGUCCGCCGCACCUGAAACCUGCAGAAACAAACGGCAAAACAUCAGGAGGGACACCUUCAUCACUGGACCCUCCUCUCAGCUGCCUCAGAUGGAGGAAGAGGAGGAGGAAGAGGCCGACCUCGGGACUCCAGCCAGACUGGGCUCUGCUCAGGACGCUCUGCUGCUUCAGACCAACGGGAAGCUGCCCAUGUGGUUCAGAAGGCUGCAGGGUGAAGGCGGAGCCUCCUCUAACGUCCAAUCGGCCGCUGAGCCUCGUCAGGUGAGGAGCCGGUGGGCGGAGCAGCUGAACCCUCUCACCAUCUGCUCCAACUCGUCUCCGAGUCCCACCAGGAGUCAGGAGGAGGAGGAGGAGCCUAUAGAGGAGGAGGAGGAGGAGGAGGGCGACUUCCAUCCUCAGAGUCUAGAGAGUCUGCUGGGAGGAGAGAAAGAAGAGGAAGAUAAUGGAGAGGAGGAGAAGGAGGUGCUCCAGAAUCCAGGUCACAACAGCAGCAGCUACAUCCUCUACCCCACCACCGCCUCCUCCAACAGGGAGUUCGACGUGGAGGCUGUGACCGACCCUCGCCGCUCCCUCGCACAGCUGAGUCCAGACUCCGCCUCCUCCGAGGGCUCAGCGGGAAGUGUGGAGCAGCAGCAGGAAGCAGACACCGACUCCCUCAGUCAGGGCAGCUCUGUGAGCAGUUUGGUUCUGGAGGACGACGAGGACGGGAACUCUCUGAAGAAUCACUUUGAUACUUUGAGCUCCAGUCUGAGCGACGAGAAGUUUGACACCGACCUGAAGUCUCUGCAGCCUCCGGAGGAGAAGCACUACCUGAACCCUCGACUCAGCAUCUCCACCCGCUUCCUGUCCCGGUUCCAGGACCGCAUCAGGACGUGGCCGAGCCGAGCUCAGCCCCCCGUCUCAAUCCAGACCAGAAUCUCAGAGGAGAGCAACAUCAGCAACACAUCGGUGAGCUCUGAGUUGAGCAGUGAUGUCGUCUCAACUGAGUCAAAAGAAAACAUUGGUGUGAGAUGCAGCCAGUCAAUCAUUCGUCGUAGAGCUUCCUGCAUGAUUUCCCAUCAGCCCCUUCGCCGCCCAACACGCCGCCGCCGACACACUGUGGUGGUUGUCCAAUGCAGAGAACCGCUGCGAGAUGUCACCUCCAGGACUCUGGUGGCCCACAACAGCUGCGUGGUGUCAGCGGUCCAGCAGGCGGCGCCUCGACUCGGAUACCUGGGAACCACCGCCAGCUCCAGGGCCAAACUGAGCCAGGACCCCCCCACCACAGCCCAGGAGGAGGAGGAGGAGGAGGAGGAGGAGGAGGAGGAGGACGAGGAGAAGAAGAAGGAGAACCUUUCCUCCUCAGGCCUCCUGCCUCCUGCCCCCCUGCUGCCUGCUGGUCUGGACCUCCACAGCACCAAACCUGACCCCCAUCAGGACCAGACCAGCAGUGUCACUCUGUCAUCUCUGGUGUUGGCCACGCCCACCAAGGUGAUGUCACAGGGCGGAGUCAGGAGGUUCAGCAGCGUUGAGGAGACUCUGCCGACGGAUCAGAACCUCACCCUAACACCCGCCUCCUCCGUCACCCUCACAGCCACGCCCACUGCCUGUGACAUCAUCACCUCUGACAUCAUCAGCUGCUCUGCCUCCAGGCAGGAAGAAGAGGGCUCAGGAGGACCCGAGACCAGAUUCCGGACUGAUCCAGACCCGUCUCUGGCAGCUGAUUUGUUGUCCUCUGACCCGCCCACCUCCUCCUCCUCUCCUCUGUCAGAGAAGCCCUGCCCCCCUCAGACAGGUCCAGGUGGUGACGAAGAUGACGAUGAAGAUGAUGAAGAGUCGGUCAGUCUUCAGCAGUGUCAGCAGGUCGCCAACGAGCUGAGACAGACGGCGAGACGAGCCGUCCACCUGUACCGACAGGUUGGCGGGUCCGAUCGGUGUCUCCAGAUGUCGUCCGUCCUUCAGGGUGCGUUUGGUGUCGUUCACUCUGAGCUGCAGGCGGUGCUGCUGCGGGGGGGCGGAGUCUCCUCUGCUCAGCUGGAGGACGACGGGACGACGUCUCUGCUGGAGAAAUACUCUGAGCUGCUGGUCCAGAUGACCCAGAACAAGCUGAACCGGGUCUGAUACUGAACCGGGUCUGAUCCUGUAUGGAGGCUCAGAGAGGCCAAAAGUCACUUUACCGGUCGGCUGAGUGACUCAGCUGUUUUUUAUCAGUAUUCUUAAAGCACCUUAUGUUUGUUUUUAACUUGUUUUAACUCCCGAUCACUGUUUGUACAUAAACUGUUUUAUAUGUUUCUUGAUAAAUCUUCAAUUUGUCUCA